AUGAUGUGGAAAACUGCAGUAUUGGCUGUGUGUCUGCUAUUGACUGGAGUGAGGGCAUAUGACGGGCCUUCAUAUGGGGUGAAACUGUGUGGUCGUGAAUUUAUCCGUGCAGUCAUCUUCACCUGUGGAGGUUCACGCUGGAGACGCUCCAUCAUGAGCACAGAUGACCUGAGUGUAGACUUGUUUGGCUCAGAUAUCAGAGAUUCUGCACAAGGCUUGGUACUGCCCUCUCCCCAAAAAUUCUCCCUCCAGGGUGACAAUGAGCCUGUCCCUUUUGAAAUGGUCAGAGGACAGCAGGAGGUCUCUGCGUUCAGUCAACCUGCCCGAUCUAUCAUCUCCGAUGAAGUCCUGGAAGCCCUGCGCACCUCCAGCAGGAAGGGCAGAGAUGUGGUAGUAGGACUUUCUAACGCCUGCUGCAAAUGGGGUUGCAGCAAGAGUGAGAUCAGCUCCCUUUGCUGA